UACUUUAUCUUCACGCCCCUCUUUCCUAAAUUCCGUGUUUGCAGGCAUUUAACUUCGUUACAAAUGACUUUUUCAGUCUUCUUUUGACAAGCAUUGGCGUCUGGUCUAUGUGCAACAAUGUCAGACAGAGGAUCGUUUGAUACCAACGUAGUCACUUUAACACGAUUUGUUUUGGAAGAAGGAAGAAAGGCAAAAGGCACAGGAGAACUAACAACACUUCUGAAUUCGUUGUGCACAGCCAUCAAAGCUAUCUCUACAGCCGUCCGGAAAGCUGGUAUUGCUCAUCUCUAUGGCAUUGCAGGCAGCACCAAUGUGACCGGCGACCAGGUAAAGAAACUGGACAUUUUGUCGAAUGAUUUGGUCAUCAACAUGAUCAAAUCCUCCUUCACCUCCUGUGUGUUGGUGUCUGAAGAGGAUGAAAAUGCCAUCAUAGUUGAACCUGACAGAAGGGGUAAAUACAUUGUGUGCUUUGAUCCCCUCGAUGGGUCAUCAAACAUUGACUGUCUUGUUUCCAUCGGGACCAUCUUUGCCAUCUAUAGAAAGACCACAGAAGAUGAACCUUGUGAGAAUGACGCUCUGCAGCCUGGAAGGAAGCUUGUGGCAGCAGGGUAUGCCCUCUAUGGAAGUGCCACAAUGAUGGUGCUCUCCACUGGGCAGGGAGUCAACUGUUUUAUGCUGGACCCUGCCAUUGGAGAGUUCAUUUUGGUGGAUCGGGAUGUGAAGAUCAAGAAGAGAGGGAAGAUCUACAGUCUCAACGAGGGCUAUGCGGCGGACUUUGACCCCGCUGUUACAGAGUACAUACAGGCAAAAAAGUUCCCAAAGGAUGGCAGUGCCCCGUAUAGCGCACGCUAUGUUGGGUCUAUGGUAGCUGAUGUACACCGAACACUGGUAUAUGGAGGGAUCUUCCUUUACCCAGCUAAUGUAAAGAGUCCCAAAGGAAAGCUGAGGCUGCUGUAUGAGUGUAAUCCCAUGGCGUUCAUCAUCGAACAGGCUGGAGGAUUAGCCACUACUGGGUCCAUCAGUGUUCUUGACAUCCAGCCAGUCAGCAUCCACCAGCGGGCUCCUGUAGUCAUGGGCUCCCCUGAUGAUGUGCAAGAUUACAUCGCCAUCUAUCAAAAACAUGCCAAGUGAAACAUGUUGAGUGAAUGGACACACACUAGAGCUCAAAGACCCAUGACACAUAGAAUACAGUAUGUUGUGUAGGGAGACCAAAGCCAAUGUUUUCGCCUUGACUAAGUUUAGUCCUAACCCUCAGACCCCUCCCCACACACACACCUGCUACCCUGAUCCUAAGAUCCUGACCCCAACAGAAAGUUGAGACUGGAAAUAGGACCCAAAAAACCCCCCACUGUACUCCAACUGCUAACAAGACCAGACACACACACACUUCACUGUUCAGUAAAGACACACUCCACUGUCAGUGCAAGUCUAAACUCAAGCAGGAAUACAAUAAUUACAAAUCUGCUAAUUAAACAAAAGACCAAAAUUACUCUGAACAGGACAACCAAAGGAAAGCGAUUAGAUUGACACAAGUCAAGCAGUCUUGCUAAUUCUGAACCAUAACCUGCUUAUUUCAAUGUCUUGGGAGUCAAAACAUGCCAAUAUAUUCCUCCAACAGUGCCUUGAUAUUUUCCAGUAAAUUGUAUUGUUUUGAUUGAUAAAGCUUGAAAACAGUUGUUUGACAGUU